AUCUUAUUUAGGUUGGCCACUAAUGAAAAAAGCAAAUCCAAAUCUUUCUCAUUAUGCUCUUUCAAAUUUACAAUCAAAUAAUUAUAUUCAACAAAUAAUAACUCAAAAUGUUGAUGGUCUUCAUCAAAAAUCUGGUUCUAAAAAUAUUUUAGAACUUCAUGGUUCUUUAAAUCAAAUUCAUUGUUUAAAUUGUGGUCAUAUAAAACAAAGAUCUGAUUAUCAAUUAAUUUUAAGUAAUUUAAAUCCUAAAUGGAAUGAUUUCUUAAAUAAUAUUGAGUUGGGAAAAAUUACUCCUGUUGUAAGACCUGAUGGUGAUAUAGAUUUACCUCACGGUACUUCUUAUGAUUCUUUCAAUUAUCCAUCUUGUGCUCAAUGUUCUAUAGGAAUUUAUAAACCUUCUGUUGUAUUCUUUGGUGAAAAUGUUAAAGAUAACAUAAAGCAAAAGUCUAUAGAUCUAGUUAAAAAUUGUAAAAGUAUUUUGGUGGUCGGUUCUUCAUUAGCUACUUAUUCUGCAUUUAGAAUCAUCAAGCUUGCUAGUGAUCUAGAUAAAGAUAUUGCUAUUAUCAAUCUUGGUGAAACCAGAGGUGAUAAUUUAUCAUUUCUAAAAAUUGAUUUUUCUUGUGGUGAUUUAUUACCAGAAAUUGCUAAUCAAUUAACAAAGUCAUAA